AUGGGUCUCAAAGCUUACGGAGUGUGGAAGGCAACACCCACCAAGUUCACUGUCCAGACUGCAAGCGAGGAUGCUGUCAGUCCCCACGGACACUUGACAUUCCAGGACGGUGUGAGCACUAAGAAGCUCUCGUCCGCCAUCAACAUCAAAUCACUCUCGCCAGACUCGCGGCUUGUGUACUGGCUCAUCCAGGACUUCAAACACCCCCUCACAGCGAAGCUCAAGUCUCUCUCGCCUGGUUUCCAGAGGAUCUCAAGGGACCAACAUGACAUUGCGCUGGAUAUCCUGCGCUCCAAUGUCGUCAACGUCUUGGACGGCAGCGUCGUGCCCCAUGAUCUGCCUGGUGAUAAGAACGACAUUAUUGACUUCAUCAAGCCUUUCUUUGACAAUGCGAUCCAGAAAAAGGCCACUGUGUACAUCUACGGCGAGCAGUUUCCUGGCAAGGACGGUCUGCAUGAUGUGCACAUGAACCAGGGCAGUGGCGGAAGGUUCCGGAGCUCCAACGGCAUAUACCAAGACGGCAGUGUCAUUAUGGAGUUCGCCGACGGCCAUUGGGAGGCUUUCUUCAUCGCGUUUGCUUCCCAAACCGCGGAAACAGAUGACAGAGGCCAGCCAGAGGGGCCCACUUUGGGUGAGGUCUUGGGAAACAACAGUCAGCCCGGCGGAGGCCAUGGCAAACCUAGUGACGAUGGUAAGAAGCCAAUUGACGAUGGUGAGACACCCAGCAGACCAUCCAAUGCGGUCGUUGCUAUCGCAGCCGCGCUUGUCAACCCAGAUGGUCCGGACGGCGGUGAGAAUCCAGAAAUUGUUCACGUAGUCAACAAUGGGCUGUCUUCGGUCGCCCUGAAGGGAUGGACAAUUGAGAAUCAGAUGGGGAACUCCUUUGCCAUUCCAGACUCGUCUGUUCUCAAGGUUCAGGGUGAUAAGGAGGGUUUCAACGUGGAGGGGGUCCCACUGUCAAACAAAGGAGGAUCAAUUAUCUUGAAGAACGCGGCGAAGCAGGUGGUCGAUAGGGUCUCGUACACCAAGACCCAGGCAUCCCAAUCGGGGGCUUUGCUUUACUUUCGAUAA